AUGACUGACAAACCGAAGGGGCCACCGACGCCGACCCCGGCCGAUAUCCUCGGGCGAUGGGGCACUCUUAUAGCUAUCGCUCUGGCUAUCCUAAUUGGCUACUUUGCUAUGGGCAGUCCCGACUCUCCAACAGGCGACCUAGCUAGUAUUAUCGACCAAAAGAUCUUCGUCAUUGGUCUAAGCAAGACUGGCACAACAAGUCUAGGCGAUGCCCUCGCGCAGCUAGGCUACCACAGAUCGGGUUGGGAGGAUAUUCGCUCGCGUUGGCUUUUUCACGCCUAUACCAACGGCCGUGUCGAGGCCUUGCUACGCCACACGGAGAGAUUCGGCGCCUUUGAAGAUAUCCCCUGGUCUCUCGCAUACAGGGAAAUGGCCGACGCAUACCCUACCGCCAAGUUCAUACUGAGCCUACGAGACAGCGAGGAGGAUUGGCUGAGUAGCAUCCGCGCGCACACGCGUAGACGGUCUUGGAAUGGCCAUACCACAAUGUACGGGUGCCUCCGCGCCGACGACUGCCCGGAGAAAUACCUAGCAAAGUAUAGGCAGCACAGCGAAGAGACCGUCCAGUUCUUCUCCGACCGGGGCGAAUUGAACAGGCUAUUAACCUUUUACAUUGACUCACCUCGGGAGAUGGCGAACGCGACAGAUGAGGAUUCUCGGUGGGCUCAACUUCAGGCGUUCCUCGAGGUGGAGGAUGGCGAUGCAAGCCGGCGUGGGGAGUUUCCGCAUGCAAACUCGAAACUAGGGUUUCUCAACAGGGAUCCCUUUGGUCUCUCGAAAACUAUCGAUCAGUUUGUUUUCAACGCAGAGACCAGUUUUCUAGAGGCAGCAAAGGCGAUUGGCGCCAAUCUAGGGUGGCGAAUUAAGGGUUAG